AUGAGCCAUCAACCCAUCAUAAAGGACUCAGAUAUCAUAGAUGGUCUUAGUGUUAGGUAUCUCAAGCUUUAUGGGCUAUGGAAAGUCAUCAACGACUACAGAGAAACUGGAAAGAAGAACGUCAUAAUAAAAUUUCAUCUAUUAGCAACGCUAGUCCUUGCGUUACCGAGCAUAAUUUCCCAAAUGAUAAGCUACUUCGUAAUCGACAUCGACAUACAGAAGGCGAAAACCGGAGAUCCUGUCUAUAUCUUCAGAUUUAUCCAGCUUUUGGCUUACCAAGGUAUUGAAGUCUCUACGAUCUGUUUCGGUUCUUCGGCCCUCGAGACUGCCAUUCUGCAGUUCACAUACUCGGUAUCUACAGUGAUGUCAAGAAUGACUGAAUAG